UCCUCUCUGUAUAAAUAGCCGUGUCCCUUUGGGGGAAGCAUUAGCAGCCCUGCUGAGCUCCCACCAACACCUCUGGAACCAUGCUCAGCUCUCUCCUGCGCUCAGCGCUCGUGUUGGCGGCAGUCUGCUGUCUUUCAUAUGCAGAGAGCGUCAUCACUUGUGAGGACCGGAUGCAGCGACUGAGUUGUGAUCAAGGAGUGGUCAGUGUGCUCACAGUGGCCUACGGACGGACUGACAGACAGACCUGCAGUGAAGGCCGGCCCCCAGGACAGCUGGACAACACUGCAUGCUCUCAAGGAGGCGCUCUGGAAGCCCUUGCAAACAGGUGUAACGGCAGAAGGAUCUGUGAAGUGGACAAAGCGAUCUUCAGUGACCCCUGCCCUGGCACCUACAAAUACAUCCAAACCACGUACACCUGCCUCCCUGCACAUCGUGUCGUCGCCUGUGAGGAGUCGGAGGUGGAACUCUCCUGUGACGCCGGCCAGACGAUAGCGUUCAUUGGAGCGUUCUACGGGCGCGCCGACCGAACCACCUGUAUAUACGGUCGUCCUGACGGUCAAGUCAAUAAAAUCACCUGCUUUAAUCCUACUGCGAACCGAGUUGUAGCUGAAAGGUGUAACGGUAAAAGCCGUUGUAGUGUCUAUGCACUGAACUCAGUGUUUCAGGAUCCCUGUUUUGGGACCGCCAAGUACUUGGAACUGGCUUAUACCUGUCAAUAUCCCCUCUGAGGAGAGCAGCAGGCCUACACUACAAACACCAACAUCUGAAGACACAUGCCCCCCCCCCCUCCAGCUCUCCACCUGAUGAAUUAAUCUUGAUCUUGCUUUUUGCAUUAAAUGAUUAUUACAACCUUCAAACUCAUGCUCUGAUGCAGUCAUGUGUGUUUUGAAAGAAAGAACAUCAGUGCAUACAAGUAGACCUUCAUCUUCUACCAGUGAGAACUUUUGAUGUCUUUACGGAUCCAUUUACACCAUUCUAUGUCUACUAGGUUGACCUUCUGAGGUCAGAGGUUAUCGGCCUUAUUAUUAAAGCCUUGUUAUUAAAGCAUGCUACUGUUUGGAUUCAGCCAGAUCUCAUCUAUAUAGCCAGACUUCUUCCUUCCCUGAGAUACUAAUCCAAGACACUGGAUCCACACACUUUGAAAAUCCCUUCAAACAAAAUUCUCUUCAAAAUGAAAAACAGAACUCCUAAAAACCGUUAUGAGAUAAUGAUUGAUCUCAGCGGUGUAGAAAUUAUCAUAAAAAUAUGUUGGAAUAAACUGGAGGGGAAUUCCUCUGUGGUCUCUGGUAAAACGUUGUAAUAUUUAUUUUACAAAGAAUGUAAAGAUGGUAACAUGGUCUCGGUCUAUGAUAAGACCUUAUUGGCAGCACAAGGAAAAGUACCGUAAUGGACAGAAUAUAAGACCCCUCGAAAUAGGUCUGAAAAAGUCGGGUCGUCUUAUAUUCGGGGUCUAGUAUUCAGAGCGCAGCUUCUCUUCUUCGCCUCUCCCUUUAAAUGUCGAUACACAUUCGCGGCCCCAGGUGGCGCCAAAAACUGGUUCCGGGAAGAAGUAGUCCAGCAUCCUUAAAGGGACACUGUGUAAAAAUGACUCCCAUCUAGUGGUACAAUUGUAUAUUGCAUUCAAACUAAUAGUGCUCGCUUGUUAAAAAACUACGGUGGGCAGUAUGUGCCAAGAAGCUGUGUUAUGACAUCCAAUACUACCUCAUCGAGUCAUUCGAGUGAUGAUGAGGUUCGUUAUUUCAAACAAAUUUCAAACUGCAUUGAAUCAUUAGUGUAAGCUAAUGAUGUAUGAGUAAUUACUCCUCGAGCAAGAUAGUGAAUUAUUUC